AUGAAGGUAGUUUUGUCUCUAAAGCAUUUGCUGAUAGAAAUGUUCAUCCGCAGCUCAGAUCUUGCUCUAAAGUCGAUCAGGACUAAGCAGGAUCAGAAGCUCUCUACUAGGCAGCUAUCCAGGGAGAUCUCAAUGACCAACUCCUCUGGGGAAGUCUACUAUGGCGGGCCAUCUGUUGCUAUCCCAUUCAUGUGGGAAUCUCAACCAGGCACGCCCAAAGUCAAGCUUCGUGAAACUUCGAUUCCUCCUCUCACACCUCCACCUUCCUUCCAUUUCAAUCCAACAAAAAAACCCAUUAAAAAGCCCUUGAAGUCCAACAUUUUGCUCUCUGUUCUCCCUAAGCUCACUCUGAGAACCUCCCUCCCAUCAUCACCUGCAUCAUCUGCAUCUUCGUCAUCGCCAUCAUCAUCAUCAUCAUCAUCCCGAGGGUCAUCUUCGUAUUCAGUGCCGCAGUCUCCAUAUACACCUUCAACUUUAAGAGAUCAAUUCAGAUUGCCAAUCUCAAGAUCAUCAUUUGAUGCAAGGAUGGAUGAGGAAGAUGAGCUUGGAUCACGUGUUUCGACGUUUUGCUUUGGCAUCGGACGCAGUACAAAUCUCAGGUCCCGUGGCUGCUCUUCGAGUAUGAUCAAGGUAUUGUUUGGAGAGUCUGCAUGA